UAACAGCUUUGUUCCAGAAGUUUAUGAGGUGGGGGCUAGUGUUCCAACGGGAAGAAUUGAUAAUAAUUAAGUGAGGUCAUACUCAAAUUUUUCUUUUGAAAAGUUAUUCUUUACUACCUCACAUGAUUAAAGUUCAACAGUUGGUAUAUGUCAAAGAUUUAAAGUCACUACUAAGAUGUCAAAGGUAGUGGUUUGAAUAAUAAUAACUGUGGUUGGAAAACAUGAAAAUUAAGGUGGAAAAUUAUGGUAGAACAGAAGCUACACAUACCAGCUUUUCAAAAUCACGGUGAAAAAGACCUUAAAUGCGUGUAUGCGGUGGUCCACUGUCUUACUAAACAAAGGUAGGAGGGAAAUAUUAUGCAUAUAGUGCACACACAAGUUUCCAUGUAGCUAGUCAAUAUUUUUCUAUCUGUGAGGAAUAAUAGGUCACUUCUUUAUAGGAUAAUCCUACGCAACUUGCCAUCUUAAUGCAAUCUCGAAUCCCCUUUCUUUACUAGAUUCUUCUUGUCGUAGAUUUUCUUUCAUAGAGAUUUCCUUAUUUUGUAGAUUUUCAUUUUUCCAUUGAAAUAGAAAAGGCAAAGAAUUGCUUCUAAGAUAGGCUAUCCAGUAUCCACAAUAAAAAGAAAUACUAAACCUAUAAAGCUAGUCUUGCGGCUAAGAAUUUCAUCAAAGCAAAGUAACGUUUUGGUUUUUUUAAUACCAAAGAAACUCUCAAUUCAUCAUAGCAUACAUAGCACACAAACACUUUAUAUUACAAAUAUGAGAAACAUUAUCAAGGAUACAACCAUAAAAUAACACACAACUAUAAUCAUUGAUAAUGCCAAUAGUUGCACCUUGGAAACUCCAAAGUUUCUUUUUUGUUUUUUACACUUUGUUAUCUUGCACUUUCUCUAGCAUAUUCACCAUAACAAACAAUUGUCCUUAUACUAUAUGGCCCGGCACGCUUGCCGGCGCAGGAACGCCGCCGCUUCCAACGACUGGAUUCCAGCUUGAUUCAGGUCAAGCUGUGAAACUAACGAGCGUUCCGGGUUGGUCGGGUCGGAUAUGGGCGAGGACUGGUUGCACAUUUGAUGCAACGGGAAUCGGGAAAUGUCAAACAGGUGAUUGUGGUGGAAGGCUUGAAUGUGAUGGGAAUGGUGCAGCGCCACCAACUUCACUCUUUGAGAUUACCCUUGGACAAGGUGACCAACAAGAUUACUAUGAUGUUAGCAUGGUUGAUGGCUACAAUUUGCCAUUGCUUGUUCUACCAAGAGGUGUAUAUGGUAAAAGUGCUUGUAAUUCCACAGGAUGUGUGACUGAUCUUAACAUAGGUUGUCCAAAAGAACUUCAAGUAGUUGAUGGUGAUGGAUACCAAGGUAGUGUAAUUGGUUGUAAGAGUGCCUGUGAAGCCUUUGGAUCAGAUCAGUACUGCUGCAGUGGACAAUUUGCUAAUCCAACAAUAUGCCAACCUUCCUAUUAUUCUACAAUUUUCAAGAAGGCUUGUCCAAGAGCUUAUAGCUAUGCAUUUGAUGAUGGCUCCAGCACUUUCACCUGCAAAGCUUAUGAAUAUGAUAUUGUGUUCUGUCCUACCAGCAGCAAGAUAAACAAACCAAAUGGUGUAUUUCCUCCACCACCACCGCCUUCGAUUGGAUUUCCUUACGAGAAGGUUCAGCAAGACAGUUCUUCUUCAAGUAUUAUUAUCUCGCCGUUUCAACUGACAAUGUUUCUCCUAGUUGCCACAAUCUCCAUGCUUAUAGAGAAGACUUGGCCAUUGAUUUGAAGUAAUGCUAGUAGAGAAUCACACAAGUUUUUCUCGGACAGUUAGAUAGAAACAUGGAAAAGGUCCAUAGGAGAUGGAAAUGAUAAGCAGCGAAAAUGGAUCAUGAAGAAUCUAAGGAAGCUAAAAAAUCAGAGACUCUAUUAAGCAACAGCUAGUUAUAGUUUCAAGUUACCCUUGUAAAUCCUCCAAUAAAAAAACUUUGGAAUAAGUUAAGAAAAUAGUAAGUUAUUUGCAAUGUAUCCAAGAUUAGAUAAACUCAAAUUAGUCUUUCUGUCAAAUGUUAUACAUCUGCAAACUCGUCAGGCUCCAAAGGAUUAGACAUCUACACGAACCAAGAUAAUUUAGGCCAUGUUUGGAUAAAUAGUUUAACCAAGAGCUUAUAACAUAAGCCUUAACAAUCUAAGUACUCGUGUAUAAACUAUUUCUAUGACAAAAGAUAAACUAUUUCAUGUA